GUGUCAGAUAUAUUAUGAACCAAUGGCAUUAAAGAGUCUGGUUGCCUAGGAUACGCAACGACUCGCCAGUUUGUUUCUGUUGUGUUGGUGAAAAAAGUUUUAUAUUACUGUGUGUACUUUUAUUUUUAUCCUAAAAUGGAUGACAUUGGAAGUUUAGAAGUCAGGUGGACACAAGGUUUUACUAACAAGAGCAUCGAGUUUGUCGACAACAAAACAGUUUGUUACACAUGUGGGAGCUAUAUCUGUUUCCUCAACCUGGAGACAAAAAAGCAAAGUCUGCUUCAGAGUCCUGGUAGAGGUAUUGGUAAAUUGACAGCCAAUGGCAACAAUGGAAUUCUCGCUUUCUCCGAGGAAAAACUAUCACCAUCUAUAUUUGUAUACACUUUCUCCGAGUUUCAGCUGAAAAAUGAACUAAAAGGAACAGCACAACUUGACUACACAUCUCUGACAUUAAGUGAUGGUGGUCCCUAUUUGGGCUGUUGCUCCUCUCUUCCAGACUACACUAUAACCGUGUGGAACUGGGAAAUUGCUGAGCCAAUUUGUACUCAACCACAAGCUGGGCAGGAUGUCAUUUCUUUAGUGUUCAACCCUCUCAACUGGCUCCAGCUCUGUGCUUUGGGCACAACAUCGCUAACUGUCUGGAAUAUUGAGAGGAGUGCCAGCUUUCAUGUCCUAAAACCAAGUGUGAUUGAGCUUCCAGCAACUGAUGGUUCAUUUGUUGAGAGACUGGUGCCCACUUCUCACACUGUCAGUGAGACAGUGCCCUAUUUUGGUCUAGAGAUGCCUCCAUCAGCUAUUGCUGGGCUCAAGGGUGACAAGGCAGAAAUCAUUGUGAAUAAACUCUGCAACAAAGCCAGACUAACUCCUACUGCCAUCUGCUGGACAGAAACAUCAGAGCUUUAUGUGGGCUGUGAAGAAGGCUUUCUGCUCCUUGUUGACCCAGAGAACCUGUCUGUCUCAGUUCUCUUCAACCCCACAACUGCUGAUGCCAUCCCUGAACUCAGAACUCAGAGCAGCUUUCAAGGUUUAACCCUUAACAAGAAUGGUUUGAUCGCUGUAGGAAAGGAGAGUGUGAUGCAUUGUCUGCAAAUCAAAGGGACUCAGAUCAACAUCACACAGACAUGGCAAUUAGAAGGACCCAUCACAACUGCAAUGUACUCCCCUGACUAUGAAACAUUGCUUUUAUCUUCUAAUACACGACAAAUCUAUAUGCUGAACCCAACUCGGUCAGACAAGAUUGAGAAGGUCCUGGAUGUUCUCAGUGGCAACUUUGUGGCGGCAGCUUUUUCACACGCUGACAAGAAUAUUUGUGUGUCAGUGAGAGAUUCUGGAGAACUGCAGCUGUGGUCCACAGAUGGCAUUUGCCUUGGUUCCCUGUCUCUUCAAGCUGAGGUGACAAGUCUGGCCUGCUGUCCUGUUGCACAAUACACAGCUGUUGGAACGGCUUCAGGACACAUCCUUGUCAUUGACCUGAACAGAGAGCAACAACCUCGUCUGGUACACCAGGUUCAUCUCUACCAUACUCCUGUGGAUCACCUAGUUUUUGAUCAAGAGGGGCACUACCUACUCACCGGUGCUUCAGAUUCACAUAUCUUUGUACUAGAUGCCAAACCAUCAAAAAGGUUUUCAGUCAUAGGAUAUACAGUUGUUCCCGGCCCCAUUUUGUCUCUUUCCACUCAGUGUGUCAGAGACUGUGAACAGGUAAAAGUUCUUGCACUGUGUGCCGAACAGGAGGGCAAAAAUCAUGAUGGUAGCCAGCUGACACUGCUCUCUCUGCCUCUGAGGGACCUUGCAGGUCCAGACUGUGUAGACCGACAUGGUUGUUUGUCUACUCAAAUCCUCAAAGUGUCCAGAUACGAAGUGUCUUAUCCAAUCAACUCCUGUGUUCUGGGUGUCAGUGAUGUCUUUGCUUACUGCCCCAAGAGGAAAACUCUUCAGCGAUUUCAGCUUCCCCAGGACACAGACAGUUCUUCCUGUCAACAGAUGGUCCAGCUCAAACUAGAACAGGAAGUGAUGGCUCACUCUCUGGGCGCCGCCUGUCCUGUUCUGUCUCCUCACCACUUAUGGCUGGCUACUGUGGGUCAAGACGGCCUACUACACAUCCGAGACACUGCCUCUAUGGAGCGGUACACUAAACUACAAUGUCAUCCUUGGCGCCUGGGUGGAGUUCGGAGCGUGUCCUUCUCUGCAGACAGCCAAAUGCUCCUCACUGCAGGCUUCAAAGAUGGCUCUCUUGUGUGCACUGAUCUCAGAAUUAAAGGUGUGGAUGCUAAUAAGAUGAAUGAAGCUACUCAGUACAGUCAGUCUAUGGAUCGUUUCUUGAAGGACAUAUUCAACACAGAGAACCCCGUCCUCAUUGACCUGCCUGAGUGGGACCAAGAGUCUCCUGCUGCCAUGUUACAACCAGAGCAAAGUGAGGUCAGUGUUAUAUCAGAGACUGUGGAUGUGACAGAGCAGGAUGAGAGAUAUAACAGCUUGCUGUCUACUCCACCUUCACACCCCACCUGGCUGGAGAGCAGGCGAGAGGCGGUUAUUAGAGAAGAUAAUGAGCAAUAUUCUGAGACAAAGAAAAACCUGAGGAAAAACAUCAAAGAGUUACGUGACACUGUCCAAGAGAUGAUGCGCGAAAAUGAGAACGUCCCAGAUAUCGAACGCUUGGAACAACAGGAGUUCAACCUGGAUGUUGAGGAGCAGAGGAGACUGGUGGCCAUGGUGGAGCAGGAAGUUACUCAGGUGAGAAAUGAAAUCGAGUGGGAGAUUUUAGCAAAAUGCUACCUCUGUGAUGUCCUUAAGAGAGAGUGCUGGGAUUCUAUGAAGGUCAAAGGCAGGGCAGUUAAGGCCUUUCACUCAGAACAUGAGGUGAAGAACUACCCUCUGAAAGAGAAAACAGAGAAAGAGGUGGAGGAACUCUGCAAGAUUCAGAAUAUGAGGAAGUUUGAAAAGGCUGCUUGCACACAGCAGAGCGACCUAAAGAAAAGUUCCAACAUAACCAGUGUGAAGGAGGAAGAGCAGCGUGAGGAGGAAGGCCAAGAAGCAGAGACGGCUGCUGUAACGGGGAGUUUCUCCACUCAGUUAGGAUAUUCAAAUCCUUACAUCUACGAUCAGUUCCGCCUUCAAACCACAGAGCAGAGGAUAAACCAGAUAAUUCUGCUGCAGGAUGUGAUUUAUCGAAUCAAGACAGCUUUCAACACUGAUUUUGAUGCCGCGCACAAACAGAAGGUGCAGGAGCUGAACCGUGUAAGGGACAGGAACAGACACAUCCGGGAGAUAAUGUUGGAGCUGGACAUGAACGAGAAGCUGUGGGAGCCAGGUCUGACCAACAGCGAGCAGCCAGAGCAACUGCUCACAGUGGACGACUCUGAGAUAACAGCAGAAAAGUACCUCACCCUUGAACAGAAAAAGGAGGAGGAGAGGAAGAAGCUGGAAGAGCAAAAACGUUUGGCUGCCAAAGGUGAUAAUAUCAGAGACCGGGCUCUUGAUGACCUGAUGGAUGGAGAGCUUGAAGUGAAAAAAGAGGACAUCUUAAAAAUGGAAAUACCUCCGCCUGAGUUUGUUUUGACCAAACCUGACAUUCACUGGACUGAGGAGGAGAAAAAGGUCUAUAAAGAGUAUGAGAAGAAAUCCAAAGACCUGAGUGAGGAGAAGGAGAAAUACAGAAAGUUGAUGGAAACUGAAAUGAAAAAGCUGCAGACAGCCAGCAGGGAGGCGACCGAAAGGUUUGAUGAAAGUUUGACAAAGCUGUUUGAGAAGAAAGUGAAAUGUGAAAUGGCUAUUUAUCAGGAAGAGCUGAAGAUUACUUAUCUCAUUUAUUCAGUCCUCAUAGAAGACGAGAUGAGAAAUCGAGAGCUGGAGCUCAAGCUCAAACUUGAAGAAACAUUGGCAUACAAGGAUGAAAUUGCAGAGGAUGUUAAAAGACAUGAAGAAGAAGUGGAAUUGUUUCACAAGUCUUAUGACAGCAUUGUAAUCGAGGACAAAGUCCUUGACAAAGAAUUCAGGAAGGAGUUUUUUGACGUACCAACCAAUGUGGUCGAUCUUUUAUACAAGUUAUUCAAACGUAGACCCAGGAUUCAAAAGAUGAGGACCCAGACCGACAACAACUCCAACCCUUUUAAAGAGCAGCGUCUAUGCGGUUCACUGGCUCCCGAUGCACUCGGCAAAAUGCUGAAGGCCAUGGAGGAGCUGGAUGCUCCGGAAAAUAUACCAGAAGGCGUAAAUCCAUCAAUCUGGGAGAGAUUUUGUCUGGUCCGCAGAACAAAAGUAGAGAGUGAGCAAAAGGUAAAAUUAAAAGCUCUGACUCUUGCUGAGAUGAAUGCAUUCCUUCAUAAGAGGAAAGAUGAGGAAAACGCAGCUCAACGUGAAAUUAAAAAUCUCUCCGACGGACUUGAAAGUCUGCAUAAGGAGAAGAAUAUUUUCCUGACUGACAUCAUGGUUCAGGUGCUGCUCAAACAGGGCCAGGUGGAGGUGUCCACCACAGACCUGACUACUGACUACACUGACUCUGUACUUCACCAAAGAAGUGUGGUGGAGGACCUCAACAGAGAGAUCAGGACACGCGGCGAGCAGAAGAUAGCGUCCAUGGUGGAGUGCAAAGACUUCCGUAAAGGCAUCAUCCAGCAGCAGUGGGAGCACAGGAUGAUGGAGAUGCAGAUAGAGGACCUCAACAACCAGGCGAGAAACAUCCAGAUGUUACGACUCUCUGAAGACCAACAGGAUUAUCUCAACAAGACAGAUCAGGACAGUCGCGUGUCCAAGCAGGUUUCCAUCCUGGAGAAAACUAUAGCUUUCCAGGAAAAGACUCAUCUACAAAGUGUGCAGCAUCGCGUAAAAAAGAUUGAACAGCUUCACAGGCAGGCAGCAAAAAAAGCUAGUAAGAACACAGCUUUAGGGCAGCAGCUACCAGAUAUGCAGGUGACCGUGGCAAAAAGGAGACACAUCUAUGAAACUAUAGCCUCAGAGGAAAAUCAGGCAGUUAAAACCGAGGAGCGCUACCAGGAAAUCGUUCAGAAGAAGAACUUGGCGGAGUUUGCCAGAGCGCAGGCAGAGGAACUGGCUCUCCUGUCGGCAGAAGUUGAGCGUCUGAGAAUGAAAAACUUUCCUUCACUUGAUCAGCUGAAACACACCUGAGCAAAGCCUUCUCUUCGACAGAAAACACCAUUUUAUUUACACUUUUCUUAGAAGGUAAACUUAACAUGAAAUGUAUAACUUAAGCAGUGAAUAAGAACAGUAGAGCAGCAACAAAUAAAGCAGUUAUUUAACUCUGGAUAUUUGAAAUGUGAUU